AUGGCCGCCAACAUGUACAGGGUCGGAGACUACGUCUACUUCGAGAACUCUUCCAGCAACCCGUACCUGAUCCGGAGGAUCGAGGAGCUCAACAAGACGGCCAGCGGGAACGUGGAGGCCAAGGUGGUGUGCUUCUACCGGCGCCGUGACAUCUCCAGCAGCCUCAUCGCCCUGGCCGACAAGCACGCCAGAGAAAUAGAGGAGGAGAUGGAGAACCCGGAGAUGGUGGACCUGCCCGAGAAGCUCAAGCACCAGCUGCGGCAUCGGGAGUUGUUUCUGUCUAGACAGCUGGAGUCCCUGCCCGCCACACACAUCAGAGGGAAGUGCAGCGUCACUUUGCUGAAUGAGACCGAGUCCCUCAAGUCCUACCUGGAGCGGGAGGACUUCUUCUUCUACUCCCUGGUCUACGACCCCCAGCAGAAGACCCUCCUGGCGGACAAGGGGGAGAUCCGGGUGGGGAACCGGUACCAGGCGGACAUCACUGACCUGCUGAAAGAAGGCGAGGAGGAUGGCCGAGACCAGUCCAAGCUGGAGACCAAGGUGUGGGAGGCCCGCAACCCGCUCGUGGACAAGCAGAUCGACCAGUUCCUGGUGGUGGCCCGCUCCGUGGGCACCUUCGCCCGGGCCCUGGACUGCAGCAGCUCUGUCCGGCAGCCCAGCCUGCACAUGAGCGCCGCGGCCGCCUCCCGGGACAUCACCCUGUUCCACGCCAUGGACACGCUGCACAGGAGCGUGUAUGACGUCGCCAAGGCCAUCUCAGCCCUGGUGCCGCAGGGUGGGCCCGUGCUCUGCAGGGACGAGAUGGAAGAGUGGUCAGCCUCAGAGGCCAGCCUUUUCGAGGAGGCCCUGGAAAAGUAUGGGAAGGACUUCACGGACAUUCAGCAAGACUUUCUCCCCUGGAAGUCGCUCACCAGCAUCAUUGAGUACUACUACAUGUGGAAGACCACCGACAGAUACGUGCAGCAGAAACGCUUGAAAGCAGCUGAAGCGGAGAGCAAGUUAAAGCAAGUUUAUAUCCCCAACUAUAACAAGCCAAACCCGAACCAGAUCAGCGUCAAUAACGUCAAGGCAGGCGUGGUGAACGGCGCGGGGCCGCCAGGCCAGAGCCCUGGGGCCGGCCGGGCCUGCGAGAGCUGUUACACCACCCAGUCUUACCAGUGGUAUUCUUGGGGUCCCCCUAACAUGCAGUGUCGCCUCUGCGCGUCUUGUUGGACAUAUUGGAAGAAAUAUGGUGGCUUGAAAAUGCCAACCCGGUUAGAUGGAGAGAGGCCGGGACCCAAUCGCAGUAACAUGAGCCCCCACGGCAUCCCAGCGCGGAGCAGCGGGAGCCCCAAGUUCGCCAUGAAGACGAGACAGGCCUUCUACCUGCACACCACCAAGCUCACGCGCAUCGCCCGGCGCCUGUGCCGCGAGAUCCUACGCCCCUGGCACGCCGCCCGCCACCCCUACAUGCCCAUCAACAGCGCGGCCAUCAAGGCCGAGUGCACGGCUCGGCUGCCGGAAGCCUCCCAGAGCCCGCUGGUGCUGAAGCAGGCCACGCGGAAGCCCUUGGAGGCCGUGCUGCGGUUCCUCGAGACGCACCCCCGCCCCCCCAAGCCUGACCCAGUGAAGAGUGUGUCCGGCGUGCUCAGCGGCCUGACCCCCGCCAAGUCGGCCCCCGUCAUCAACAAUGGCUCCCCCACCAUCCUGGGCAAGAGGAGCUACGAGCAGCACAAUGGGGUCGACGGCAACGUGAAGAAGCGCCUCUUGAUGCCCAGUAGGGGCACCUACCUGGGUUUGGCGAAUCACGGACAGACCAGGCACAUGGGACCAAGCCGGAACCUCCUGCUCAACGGGAAGGCGUACCCCACCAAGGUGCGCCUCAUCCGGGGGGGCUCGCUGCCCCCCGUCAAGCGGCGGCGGAUGAACUGGAUCGACGCCCCCGACGACGUGUUCUACAUGGCCACCGAGGAGACCAGGAAGAUCCGCAAGCUGCUCUCGUCCUCCGAGACCAAGCGCGCGGCCCGCAGGCCCUACAAGCCCAUCGCCCUGCGCCCGAGCCAGGCCCUGCCUCUGCGGCCGCCCCCGCCCGCGCCCGUCAACGACGAGCCCAUCGUCAUCGAGGACUAG